UAAGUAUGAUGUGGCCCCGGUUGCGUGUGUCCAUCCCGUAUGCACAUCCUGCCACCCGUGCUGCCACGCCGCUACGCUACGCCACGCCACGCCAUCCACCCACCCACCUCCCCUCCAGAUCACAACAAACAACAACCAUGGGCGCCGGCUGGUACUUGUUGGCACUCUGUGCCUUGUGUUCCGCCCUUGUUGCGGGUCAAACUUUUAGUGAAACCAUAGGGAAAGAGCAGUCGUGUCACUCGUUUGCCGGAGGUAAUGUGUACCCGUACACCUGGCCACACGGCGGGGACCACAAGCUGCAGUGGACGAAGGCAGUCAUUUCCAAACCUGCCCCUGAAUGGAAGGGGACUGCCGUUGUCAAUGGGGAAAUCAAGGAGAUCAAGUUGUCGGAUUACAAAGGAAAAUACCUUAUUUUCUUUUUCUAUCCUUUGGACUUUACAUUUGUGUGCCCUACGGAGAUUCUUGCCUUCAAUGACCGUUUGGAGGAAUUCCGUAAAAUAAACACCGAGGUUGUGGCAUGCUCCGUGGAUUCCCAUUUCACUCACCAUGCAUGGACCAAUACGCCACGCAAGGAGGGUGGACUUGGUAAACUUAGCAUUCCAUUGUUGUCUGACAUGAACCAUCAGAUAUCCAAGGAUUAUGGCGUGUACCUUGAAGAGCUUGGCCACACACUGCGAGGCUUAUUCAUUAUUGACCCCCGAGGUGUCAUUCGUCAAAUCACUUUGAAUGACCUCCCUGUUGGUCGCAGUGUAGAUGAAACACUGCGUCUUGUGCAGGCUUUCCAAUAUACUGAUAAAUUUGGAGAAGUUUGCCCUGCUGGAUGGAAGCCUGGUGAAGACACGAUUAAGCCAGAUUUGAUUGGGAAGAAGGAAUUUUUCUCAAAACAUUAAGAUGGGUUUAUUGAUGCAAGUUGUAGCUCCUAAACAUCACUCAUGGCUCAUGGGGUAAGAAAAAUUUUCUAUCUGAAGUUUAUCAAUCUCAACCUACCAUCACAACAUGUCUUCCUUGUGUGCAUGUGCAAUGCCCUCUAUACUUCAUCCAAAAAUGAAAUUGACAUGGGUGUUAAUGAUUUCUCUGACCAUGUCUAUAGCUAUAUGAUUAAUAUUGAUGGAUCUAGUCAAUAGACUGAUUUGUGUUUGGUAUGUUACUCAAUUAUUGCCAUUCCAAAAGAAAAUAAACAGUGUAAAGUGCAACAGACUAUUUUGAAAAUAAAACUAAAAACAAAUGCC